UUCGAUUCUUCUUUAACAUACUAGAUAAAACUAAAGUCUGACUUAAUUGUUUUACAACAUAUUUUAAUAAGAAACCAAUAGUAACAAUAUAAACUUUAUUGUCGCAGAUUGAAAAUCCUGCAUAAGAUUUAAAUGAACACAUAAUAACACAUUUUAUCUAUUGCUAUAGUUUAGAGGUUAUAAACUUUAAACUUAUUUUAAGAUUAGUGUGUUCUCAAAAUUACGAGAUAAUUGAAAUAAUAAAAUGUCUACACGAUGGUAUCCUAUGUAUCAAAGAGGAAAUCCACAACUUAGAAUUUUUUUGCCAAACUUCUGGUUAAAAUUAGUUCAACCAGAAUAUAAGCAACCCAAAAAUAUAGUACAAUUUCAAUGUUCUAUGGAAAUGUCAAGAUAUGAUGUAGCAAAUUAUUUAAAAAAAAUUUAUAAUGUAAAACCUAUUGAAGUAAGAACAAGAAUAGCACUUGGAAAAAUUAAACAACUUCAUGGUAAUCAGUAUGUUAUUAAAGAUGAUGAUGUCAAGAUAGCUUAUGUUGUUCUGGAUAAAAAUCAAUCGUUUACAUUUCCUGAUCUUUUUCCAAAAGACGAAAGCAAAAAGGAACCAACUUUGGAUGACACUAAAAAAGAAUUUCAAUCAUAUUUAGCUGAUUGCAAAGAGCCAAAUACUCCUGGAUGGUUCAGAAUUUAGGUUUUAUAUUUUGAUUAUAUUUUAUACAUUAGUGUGUAAUCUAGAAACAAAUACAAUGAAAUCAGUUUAGUCCUUAGUAACACAUAAAAGAAUUGUCUAUUGAUAAUUAUUUUUUCAUUUUGCUUAAAGUAAGCAAUUCAAUGAAAAAAAUAGAUUUCUAAUGUGAAGUAAUAUUGUACAGAUGCAUUCAUUGUAAUUGUCAUGAAAUCAUGUGCUUGAUAACAUUGAAUGAAUGAAAUAAAAUACAGCAUUUUACCUUUAAUUAAAUAUCCAGAUAUUUUACAGAGCACAAAAUAUAUCUAUUAUAGUGCCUGUCACAAAUAUAUCUCUUGAAAAAUUCAUUUUCUAUAUACCUCUACCUUUUUGAUUUACAUAUUUAUACAUUUUUUAUAAAACUAGGUAUAUAAAUAUUCAUUUCUAUUUAUACUUCUAAUAUGAUAACAUUAACCUUAUAAAAUAAUUUAAAAAACUGUAGGUAUAAAUACUAUAUUGAUACUAUCCUUAUAUUGAUAUUUUAAUAUUGUGCAUUUUUAUUUAAUAAAACAUAAUCAUGUUUUUGCAUUGAUAAAUCAUUCUAAAAAAAAAUGAUUGACUAGCCUAUUAACAAAGAUAUAUUCAGAAUCGUUAAAUGUGAAUACCCGAUAGUUCUUUGUUUACAUCAAGGAAGAGUUUCUUUAAUGAACAAAUAUCAAGUAAAUUGCUUCAAACAACAAUUUUAUUAUCAUAUUAAACCAUUUUUGACAAAAUUUUUACUUCUUAAAAAUGUGCUAACAAUGUAAACUAUUCGACAUUAAGUAAAAAUUGUUCAUUAUUUUGUUAAACUUUUUUGUACUUAAAUAAAGUUUUUUUUUAUAAAUCCUUUUAAA